AUGGAGGUUUUCUACAUCAAUUCGUCUCUGCUCUUCAUCUCUCACAGACCGCUCAACUCCACUGCGGUUGAGAAGACAGUGUAUGAGUCCUGCAGAAACAUGCCUGCCGUACUUAUCUGGUAUCUGAGCAUGCAGUUCACUAACAUGUUCCUAGGCAUCCCAGCCAACGUCACGGUGCUGUGGCUCAUCCACAAGAACAAACGCGACUCUUCCACCUCUGACAUCUUCAUCCUUCAUCUGGCAGUUCUGGACGUCCUCUUCUGUCUCAUCCCUCCCCUGGAGCUCGUAAACCUCGUCUUCCUCACCACGACUACCAGCACCUGGUACGUCCUGCGCUUCUUCUACGGCAUCAAAGACUCCUCGCCCCUCUUCCUUUCUUGCAUCUGCCUGGACCGCUACAUGGCCGUGGUCCACCCCAUCAUCUUCACUAAGCUCAAAGACCGUCUGCACAGGGCAGUCCUGGCCAUUGUGGUCUGGCUGAUCAUUCUGGUCUACGCAGCUGCCAAAUGCGCAGGAAACAUCGUUAACUUCGACAAGGUUUUCACGGUGAUGAUCCUCGGAGCGUUCGCCUUCAUGGUGUACUGCAACGUAGCGAUCCUCUGGGUGCUGAGGCAGUCGCGGCCUGGCGGAGAUGCCAUGCAUCCCGUGAAGAAGAAAGCCUUCAAGAUGGUCCUCAUUAUCCUGGCCAUCAUAGUGUUCAACUACUUCCCACCUGUCGCACUCUUCCCGUUCAAAGAGUACUUUUCCCCCGAUGUGUUUCGCUGCUAUAUUCACUACAUCGCCUUCGGCUUGAUGGACUUCAGCAGCACCAUUCAGCCUGUGCUGUAUCUGUCCAAGGAGGGGCUGCCAUGGAGCAUCACCUGCAGCCAGAGGAGCAACACUUAA